AUGCGCCUCCGACUGCCUCCCACGGCGCGAUUCUCCCUUGACUCCGGUCUCUGGGUCCUCCCCGACUCGCCCGACUCACGACCACAACCCAGUCCAUCAGCCCUUGACUCUCAGCGCGAAAUCUCCAGCAUCCCGCGCUCGCUACAAACCGGCAAAGCCCUCAACGCCGCCGAGCGUGCUGCUCUGCCCUCCAAUGCAGAGAAGGACACAGGGCACGAUGAAGCCUCCGGAAACUGGAUCUACCCAUCUCAAGAGAUGUUCUUCAACGCCAUGAAGCGCAAGGAUCAAGAAGUGGGAAGAAGGACAGGGUUCGGAGGCAUGCGGUGGGCCGAAGCUGGUGUCUUUUGCUGGAGACAGCAAGGCCUUGACGCCGAAGGCGAGCUGGGAAGGCGUGAGGAUGCGGGCCAGCAAGAUCUUUGGGAUGUGAGGGUGAUCUCGCGUUCUGAUAUGCAAACUUCAUCAUCGUCAAGACCUCGCCAAUACACUCCCAUCUUGGCACUUCAAAGGUCGUGCGAUACCUGGAAAUAUUCUCCAUCGCCGCACUGCAAUAUCUUGGCCAAGCUCACUUCGCGCGGGCUGGAAGUCGUUGAGACGGUUGGAGAGGCAGAUCUUGCGCUU